UUUGCUGUCAAUUGCCACUCAGAAAAAUGGAAGUUGCUCUUUUCUUAAUUUUCUUUGUUGUCUUCCACCCUCCUCAUUAUUUGGAAGCACAUUUUCCCCAGAUUUGAUUUUUGAGAAAGGAAAGGCAAAAAAGAGAGGAAAAGUUUAUUACCUUGGAGGUAAUUAGAAAUUGUUUGUUUUGUUGAUCCCCAACAAAAAUAAAAAAGUUGUAAUUAGUUAUUAAAUAGCAUAAAUGGGGCAACUUACAGGAUUCUGAAGGACAUCUACUUUACUGGUAGGUUUAAUUUUAGAGAGACAGUGCUCCAACUUAGAAAUUUCUUUCAUUCAUUCCUUCAGUGAUUUGAUUCUAAAAUACUUGUGCUGGAUUCCUCUGUAGCAGUCCUCAAUAGUUCUUAUUUUGAAAGCAUCUGGACACCUCACCCAUCCACACAAUUACAGUGUGAAAGCAAUAUGAAAGUGUUAUUUUACCCCUCUAUGUUAAUAUGAAUUUCAUGCCUGCUGCCUGUAGAUGCACCUGGACAAUGCCAGUGUUAAGAGUAUGAGUUGUGCAAUGGAAUGAUGCUUUGCUAAAGUGAGCUUAUUGUUCAUGUGAGCUCUGCAUACUUUUACAAGGUAGUAAAAAUUAAGUAGCCUUGAGUUUCACAAGUGUGGAUCCCAAGGAACUGCAGAUUCUGUAAAAAAAUCACAGUAACAAACAUCAGCUUGUGUAUUUCUCAGCAUUAUGGAAGAGGAAAGUCUGGAGACUGACAACCUCUUAGAUGAACCUGCUUAAGAGGAGAGCCAAGUAGUGAAAUUCCAGUACAGGACAACCUGUGUUAUCCAGACCAGGGCUGUACUUACCCUGUAGAAAAUGUUGAGCUUCACACUCAUUCACAUAAUUCUCAUUUCCUGGUAAGGUACCUCUUUUGGCAAAGUUUAUACCAGCGUCUUGAACUGAGCUCAUAAAGGAGGUUGUUAUGGUCCUAUCAUUCCAAUGGCUCAGCCAGUUUUUCCAAGGAGGGAUUCAUUGUCCAUGUGCCCCAGAGAAUGCUGGUCUUUUGAUGAUUGGUGGGGAAGCCUUUAGACAGUGGGCCAGAGUUUAGUUGCAACUGAAUUGAUGCAAAUGUAGUUGUAGUGCAUGUGAAUCAGGUUUGUCUCAUUGAAUUCAGUUCCUUCCAAAACAGAGUUUUGUCAAGCUAAUUGGUUUUAAUCUCAGUCACGACCAGGUUGCCAUAAAGGGCAUUGCACUUGGAAUAAUAAUACUUGAGAAGAUGGUCUGUAGAGUACAAGUUUAAUUUCCGAGGCUGUAUUGUGAAAUCAUUUAGCAGCUGAAUCUCUUUAAGUGUCCACUAUUGAGAUGAAACACAAAUUGCCAUGCACAUCAUUGUGAUAGAUUUGAGGGCAUUUUGGUUUUGCUUACUGAAGCUGUGUCAAUGACCAGUUCAGUUUUAAGUUGACCUUUGGCAUCUCUUAGUGAGAACCCAAUGUUUUUAUGAAUGGGCUUUUGAAGCCAGCAACAUCCUGCUCUAGUGAAUCCUGCUGGGACAUAACACCCCUUGCAGAGCUGGCAUGGAGAGCAAAGCAAAGUGGGCAUGCCAGAAGACAGUACUUUUUACCAUCUUGCUUUUCUUUCAGCUGUGUGAGAGUUGCAGCUGAUGCCCCUCCAAUGCAUAAGAGAAUGUGCUAGAUAAAUUAAUCCCAGCAUAGAGUAGGGCAGGUGAUUCCUGCCAAACACAUAGUGCCAUAAGGGUAGAGGUUUGGAUGGUUUGGACGUUAUUUUUGGCUGUUGGUUGUUGCUUAGGGUUUUUUUGUUUUGUUUUUGUUUUUUUAAGUGAGUAUGCCAGUUUCUGCACAAAACAUCUCUGGAGAGCUGGCUGUGCUCUGUAUGUUAAGUCCCACUAUGCAACUGCUGUCCCGAAGGUGCUUUUCCUUGCACAGCUACUCAGUCUCUAUGAAAGCUCAAAGCAGCCUUGUUCUGGCAAGCAAACAGACCAAAGCAUUGUAGGGCAGGUUAGGGCAGCAGCUGCUCUGAUGACAAAGCUCAGCUGUGUUGUUGCUGAUACAGCAUCCAGCAUCCUGUGGUUUGGUUCACCUGCCACCUCCCUCCUGCUCCCCUGCCCUGUGCCCAGGGAGACCAGCUCACAACAAGCUUUAAUUAUUUACUCUCUAAGAUAUGGCUUAUUCUGCAGAUUAAGUGAAAAAGUGAAGUCCUUAAAAAUAUAACACAAAUAAGCCCCUGAGCUGUCAAACAACAAGUCCCUUAAAAGGGCAAAAUAUGUGGCUCUCUGUGCACUGCACAGAUCCCUCCUUUCAAACUGCUGGCAGGAGACUUCCUGUUUGGAUGGGCUGCUCACAAACGGUGUUGUGUGGUAGUGAAAUCAGUCACUUCCCAGCUUCUCCUUCAGGCCUCCUCCUGCCUCCCUUUAUACGCCUGAUACCAAAGCCUCUCAAGCCAGCUUCUGUCAAGAUGGGAUCUGGCAGCUGAAAUGUAAAUCUGAAGACAUGCAUUGGCACUGAGCUGUUUCUUCCCUGAAUACAUACAGCAGCCCAAACUAUUUACAUGUGUUUGAAAAUGGAAUGGACAAAAUGGUCCUACAGUGACAGUCCUGGAUGUGAAGGAAAAAGUGAAUAUUUGGUGGUCUGGCUCUGCAGUGGUGGAAGAUUGAUUUCUGCUUCAUUUUUUCAUUGUUCAUUUUAUUUUGAUCAAAUGGGAUACUUUUGGAAGACUCUUCCAUGUGUUGUGGAACAUGAUUAGAAGAUAGCACCAUACACCAUGAUCAUGGCCCCCCGGAAGAGGAAUCGUCAUGCGUUGGGGUUUCUUUGUUGUUUUGGAGGUAGCGACCUCCCUGAAAUCAACCUCAAGGACAAUAAUCCCCUCCAAUUCCUUGAGUUUUCUGUCCCAAUCCCACCAGCAGAAGAGCUCAAUGCCAGAUUUGCCGAACUUGUGGAUGAAUUGGAUCUCACAGACAAGAACAGAGAGGCUAUGUUUGCACUCCCUCCAGAGAAGAAAUGGCAGAUUUACUGCAGCAAAAAGAAGGAACAAGAAGAUCCUAAUAAGCUUGCUACCAGCUGGCCAGACUACUACAUUGACCGCAUCAAUUCCAUGGCAGCAAUGCAGACUCUGUAUGCUUUCGAUGAAGAAGAAACAGAAAUGAAAAAUAAAAUAGUUGAAGACUUGAAGACAGCUCUGCGGACUCAGCCCAUGAGGUUUGUGACCAGGUUUAUUGAGCUGGAUGGCCUGAGCUGUUUGCUGAACUUCCUGAAGAGCAUGGACUAUGACACCUCAGAGAGUCGCAUCCACACAUCCGUUAUAGGGUGUAUCAAGGCACUGAUGAACAACUCCCAGGGACGGGCUCAUGUCCUGGCCCAUCCUGAAAGUAUCAACAUCAUAUCCCAGAGCUUACGGACUGAGAACAUUAAGACCAAGAUCGCUGUGCUGGAGAUCCUAGGGGCUGUCUGCUUGGUACCAGAUGGUCACAAAAAAGUCUUGCAAGCCAUGCUUCACUACCAAGUCUAUGCUGCAGAAAGGACAAGAUUCCAGUCAUUGUUAAAUGAGCUAGACCGAAGCAUGGGGCGAUACCGAGAUGAAGUAAACCUCAAAACAGCCAUCAUGUCCUUUAUCAAUGCUGUUCUGAAUGCAGGUGCUGGUGAGGACAAUUUGGAGUUCCGAUUGCAUCUCCGAUACGAGUUUCUAAUGCUGGGAAUUCAACCCGUCAUUGACAAGCUCAGAGGACAUGAGAAUGCCACACUGGACAGACAUUUAGAUUUCUUUGAGAUGGUCAGAAAUGAAGAUGACCUGGAGCUUGCCAAGCGGUUUGACCUGAUCCACAUUGAUACAAAAAGUGCCUCUCAGAUGUUUGAGUUGAUCAAGAAGAGAUUGAAGCAUACAGACGCCUAUCCCUAUUUGUUAUCUAUCCUCCAGCACUGCUUGCAGAUGCCAUAUAAGAGGAAUGGAGGAAACUUCCAGCAGUGGCAGCUGUUGGACAGAAUACUCCAACAAAUUGUUCUUCAGGAUGAGCGAGGAGAUGAUCCAGAUAUAGCUCCAUUGGAAAACUUCAAUGUCAAAAAUAUCAUUAAAAUGCUGGUGAAUGAAAAUGAGGUCAAGCAGUGGAGGGAUCAGGCAGAGAAGUUCCGGAAAGACCAUGCAGAGCUGAUGAGCAGGCUAGAGAAGAAGGAGCGGGAAUGUGAAACCAAGACCCAGGAGAAGGAUGAAAUGAUGAAGACACUGAACAAAAUGAAGGACAAGCUGCAGAAGGAAUCCUUGGAGCUGCGCCAGACCCGAGACCAGAUGAAUGAUCUGGUGGCUCAACUUAAUGAGUUCUCGCAAGGGGGCAGCAUUUCCUUCCCACCCCCACCACCCCCUCCUCCAGGUGGCCCAUUAGCUUUGUCCUCUUCUCAUAUGUCUGAGAAUUUGCCACCACUGCCACCUCCUCUGCCUUUCUCCAGCUCUCCCCCGCCUCCUGCUCCACCACCUCCACCAGGAGGACCUCCUCCUCCACCAGGAGCACCACCUUUCUUCAGCAUGGGGGUGCCACCCCCUUCAACAACCACCUUCAGCACCAGUGGCCCCAGUCUGAAGAAGAAAUCUAUCCCGCAGCCUUCACAUCCACUGAAAUCCUUCAACUGGGCUAAGCUGAGCGAGGAGAGGAUCCAUGGCACGAUCUGGAAUGAGAUUGAUGAUUUAAAGGCAUUCAAGGUGCUGGAUCUAGAAGAUUUUGAAAAGAUGUUCUCCGCAUACCAGAGGCACCAGGACCUGCUAACUAACCCCUCCUCCUGUAAGCAGAAAGAGAUGGGCUCAACAGAAGACCUCUACCUCUCCACACGAAAGGUGAAAGAGCUCUCUGUGAUUGAUGGCCGGAGGGCCCAGAAUUGUGUCAUUCUCCUUUCCAAGUUGAAGCUGUCUAAUGAAGAAAUCAGACAAGCAAUCUUGAAGAUGGAUGAACAAGAAGACCUAGCGAAAGAUAUGCUUGAGCAGCUACUGAAGUUUGUUCCUGAAAAGAGCGAUACUGACCUGUUGGAGGAGCACAAACACGAAAUUGAGCGCAUGGCCCGGGCGGAUCGUUUCCUCUUUGAAAUGAGCAGGAUUGACCACUACCAGCAGCGGCUGCAAGCAUUAUUCUUUAAGAAGAAGUUUCCAGAGAGGCUGGCAGAAGCAAAACCAAAAGUGGAAGCCAUUCUUCUGGCAUCCAAAGAACUCAUCCGAAGCAAGCGUUUGAGGCAACUCUUGGAGGUAGUUCUUGCCUUUGGGAAUUACAUGAACAAGGGCCAAAGGGGAAGUGCUUAUGGCUUCAAAGUCUCCAGCCUGAACAAAAUUGCGGACACCAAAUCCAGCAUAGACAGGAACAUUACACUCUUGCACUACCUAAUUAUGAUCUUUGAAAAGAAUUAUCCAGAUAUCCUAGAUAUCCAGUCUGAGUUGCAGCAUCUUCCAGAAGCAGCAAAAGUCAACCUGGUAGAGCUGGAGAAGGAAGUCAACAACAUAAAGACUGGAUUGAAAGCUGUUGAAACUGAGCUGGAUUAUCAGAAGAGACGCAUGCGAGAAUCAGGGGACAGGUUUGUUCCCGUGAUGAGCGAUUUCAUCACUGUGGCCAGUUUCAGCUUCUCAGAGUUAGAAGACCUUCUCAAUGAGGCUAGAGAAAAGUAUGCCAAGGCACUGAAGCAUUUUGGAGAGACUGAGGGCAAGAUGCAGCCAGAUGAGUUUUUUGGCAUCUUCGACACUUUCUUACAGUCAUUUGCAGAGGCCAAGCAAGAUCUGGAGAAUAUGAGGAAGAAAAAGGAAGAGGAGGAGCGCAGGGCACGCAUGGAGGCCAUGCUAAAAGAACAGAGGGAGAAAGAGAGGCGACAAAAGAAAGCAAAAGCUGGAAGCAUAUCUGAAGAGAGUGGGGAGUUUGAUGACCUGGUGUCAGCAUUAAGGUCGGGUGAAGUCUUUGACAAAGACUUAUCCAAGCUCAAGCGUAACCGCAAGCGUUCGGGGAACCAAGGCUUAGAGACAAGCCGUGAGCGGGUGGUGACAAAGCUGAAUUAUUAACUACAAGAGGAAGAGAAAUAAUCAACCAAAAGAAGGUGUUGAAAAAGUGCAAAACAAGGAAGAUGAAUGUGUGUGAUGGCGCCUGGCUGACAGCUGCCCCAAAGGCUUUGGUCUGUAGCUAGAGACGUUACCUUUCCAUGAUCAGCUUUCCUCUCACUCUUCUUCUGUGCUCCUAAUUUGAACCAUUAUGAAAGUGCCUCUGUGGAUCCAGCAGGGCCUGCGACUGGGCCAUGCAGAGCUGACAGAUUUGCUUCUGGGAGUUUGUUGUGUCAUCAAAGGCCUCAUGGUGAUGACAGAAAGUACUUGGGCCUUGCAGACAGCCUCACAGCUGGAACAAGAUAAUUUUCUGUGUGCCAAAGUAAAAAUUAGUCAUGAUCUUCAUCUUGCUGAUAACAAGGAAGACUAAUUUCAGACCAACUCUGUAAACAACUAUCACUUCUUCAGGAUCUAGACUGGCCUUCAGGGGUUUGUUGGGAUGUGGUUCUCAAGUUUCCAAUUCCCUUCUAGAAUUGGAUUUCAUAAACCAUUGAUUAGCACCUAAAAAAUACAUUUAAGCUCAUGUCCUGUAUAGUAUUUUUGUGUGGCCUACACUGUCCAAAGCAAGUGAAGCUUAGAAAGAAGUCUUCAGUUUCUGUAACAAAAUGAAAAUCAAGAAUCAGGAUCAACAUACAAUAAUUUGCAAAAUUCUUUUGGAUUCUGCUAUGCUAGGAGGAGUUUUCUGGAAUUUCUUGGUGGUUGAGUCUCAAGGCUAUGAAAUGAAUCUUCUUGGAAAGAAACUCUGGGUUUCCUUUAGAAAACUAAGCCACUGCCAGGUUGGGAUUACAAGUAGAUGACUGUAAAGUCUGUUGUCAUUGCUGCAGGCUGGCAGAGAAUCGGUGGAAAAUUUCUUAUCUUUUUGUGCAAGAUGGGAAAUUGGGAGCUCCCUAGUAUCAACCACAGGUCUCCAGUAGCAAACAGUGAACAGGUUCACUGCCUGCCAGAAGUGAGAUUUCUUUUCCACUUGAUGCUAGCUGUGAUUGCCGUUGGCAUGGACUGGUCUUUCUGUCUAACAGCCUGACUUCCACUGCACACACCCCACUCCUGCUGAGAGGAACCAUGUCACUCAGAAAGGUAUGAAUGGUGUCAAAGGAGAGCCUUGGAGCGCACUGACUUUUUCAUUUUGAAGAAAUCACUUGGGAUGAACCAAGGGAGAGAUCCAUAAUUAAAACUGAGAGUUUUUCAAGGAGGACACAGAAUUGUGUAAGCCAAGCAGGCUUUGGAGUUGAGUUAAUUCAGAAGAAACAAAUAAAUUUGUAGUUAAGUUACAUGAAUUAAAUAUAUAAGCAGAGAAAGCAAAGAACCCAAGAAGAGGCUUGAAUUUUGUGUGUCUUCAUGGUUCUAGGAAAGGGAUUGGAUUGUGUGGGCUGUCAUGGCCUUUUUUUUUACCUUUUUUUUUUCAAAAUUGUCCUCUUUUUUUAUUAUCUUCCCUGGAGAAGGAAAAGAGGAAAAGAAAGAAUGGUGAUGGACUCUUCCUCCUAAACAGAAAGAAAAGAGAGAACAUUUGAGAAGAGGGACCCACCAUCUACAAAUUGCUGCAUUAGUCGAUGCACAAAAUGUCAAGGAAUCCCAGGGAAGUUUAAUCAUUUGGUUUGAUUUUUCUCUGAAUGUCACUUAACCUCAGGCUCUGCACUGAGUCUGCAGAACAGAACUUCCUCUGCAAUGCACGCUGCCUGAUCAGUAUUAACACUACAAUGUUGGAGAUGCAAACUGUGGUGGUUUUCUGAACACUUUGAGAGUUAAAUAAUUAUGUAAACUAUUAAAAGCAAAAAAGAGAAUUGAGAGAAGAGAAGCAAAAAAAAAGUCAGAAUUAUUAAACUCUGAUGUUUCAUUGUUUACUGGAUUUUGAGUCUCUCACCCCAGAAUUUCCCUAUUUAGGACAUUCCAGACUGCCGCGCCUCUGUAUAAUACUCAUCGUAAAGAGCUGGUAUCUUACAAGAGCUGGGUGCAUUCUCCUCCCUUACUAUCCCACUCCCCUUCUGGGAUUAGCUAUUAACAGCAAUGCCUAUUGCAGUGGACACAAGCACCUUGUAGAAGAAAGACUAUUUCAUAAAGGUUUUUGAAAGUUUAAGAAAAAAAUCUCACUUUUUUAAGCAUUUUUAUUUUAAAUUACAAAUGGAUUUUUAGAAAUGUCUCUUGUAAAUUAUAUUAACAAGCUCCUUGCUGCUCCCUGAAGUAGACUUGCUAUAUAUCCCAGCCCUUUUGUUUGUCUUGUUUUAAAGCAUGCCAUGUAACCUAUGCCAUGUAAGCCAUAUGAGAGGUGGUAAUAUGUGCCAAAUUGGUAUACAGUUGAGUUUAGAUUUGAAUAAUCCCUGAAUUCCAAAGAUUAUGCUUUUAGGCAUUCGAACAUUGUAGGGUUUUUUCCCUCCCUCUUCGUUCUCCCUGGGUUUAGGACUCACCCAGAACUUCAUGUGUAGUGCCAAGGUCAGUCCUAGUGCAAGAUAAUGUGCAAGUACAGCUGCUUGCUUGCUCCCCAGGUACUUGUUUGAUAAGGCAGACUGUCAGCAUGGCAGCUGCCAGAGAAGAAACACCUCAGGGCAAACCCUUUGAAUAUAAAUACAGCAUUCCCCCUGCCCCAGUAUUUGUCAAACCAGGUUUGUGCUGUGCUUUCUGAAACUGAAGUCACUUUGCCAGGCACAAAUGUAGCAAAAGCAGAGAGAGUGAUAAAUCCUCUGUCCCUUUGUGUACACAGUUCAGCCCUGAUUUUUUAAAGAGGUCCUGCAUGAUGGUACGCAACAACACUCCAGCCACACUGGGAGUCAAAGAAAGCUGCUAUAGUUUUGCCACCUCUUUAACUCAUACAUUAAUAAUGAGAGAUUGUGCAACUCCUGUAAAUCAGCUGAUCCUUAAGGGGAUGGACAGAAUGCUUAGAGUCGUGCCCUGAUUCAAUGCAGCUCAACUUUCUCAGCAUGCCAGUGCCCCAGGCUCCCCGUUUUGAAUCAGCGAUGGUGGCCAAAAGCUUCGUUCAGUGUGCUGGACAGUCUCCCAGGCUCUUGACUCCAUGGUGAAAGUUCAUAGAGAAGGUUUUAGAAAAGCUCAGUUUCACACUGAGGCAAGCAGUGUUUUCAUACAAGUGGUGACAAGUAGAGAGGUCCAUUAAAUUAUGUAUUGUAUGAGAUGAGGUUACCCACACAGAAGAUAAGGAAAAAAUGUCUCUGCUGUAGGGCCUGGCAUCAGAUUCUUGCUGAAGCCAAGUUUUUCCAUGUUUCUCAUCUCUUGGGUACUAUAGUGCAUAUAAUGCUCUCUUCUUCAGCAGUUGUCGUUGAGUUGCCAGGUGCUGAAGUAGAAAGGAAAAUCUUAUUCCUGAGUAGGUUUAGGAAGCAGACUGAGGUCUAACAUCACUGGAGAAGCUGGAGAAAAGCUAGGGUCUGCUGUUGUCCUUGCACCUGUGCAUAGAACCAGCAUUUCAAGAGGAGUCAUUCUGUGGUUGGAAAUAAGUGGAGAAGAAGGAGAUGUGAGAAAAAAAGGCAUUGAGGGCUUGUUCUGCUUCCUGCAGAAAUACAGUAAUUGCUGACUUUUUGAUGAAGUUCCUCACACCUAGAAGACGUACUUCCUAACUGUCUAGAAUUUGUCCCUAGAGGUCUAGUGCUCACUCACCUCUGUGUCUCUGCACUGUUGCAUGAGGAUGAGCCCAGAAAAGACUGAAGAAGACUCCCUCCCCCUUCCACUUGCUUUGAACUGAGUCACUCUUCUCAAGUCUAUUGUGUCUCUAGAAAUGCUACAAGGUAAAGUGACUUCAAGGGGCAAGACCCUUCCAUGCUCUGUAGCACAGCCAUUGUCCAGGCACCAGUUCCCUAUGAGAGCAGAAGUAGGACUAGUGUUCAGGGCCAAGAGACUUCCUCACUAGGGAAAAAACCUGGAUGUCCUUCAGAAGCAUUUCUGUAAUGUGUUCACAAUGUCUGAGGAAGGGAAAGGAAUUGCAAAGAUCCUGGUGGGAGACUGAGGCAGGUGUUUCCAUAAUGAUCAGCCCCACUGGCUGAAUCUUUCCUUUUCUUUAGGAAAGAUCACACUUUGAGCUGGGUUGCACGGGAUAAGCUUGUGUCAGGAGUUUCCAUGAGGGAAAAUGAGAUCUGUUGUACAGUAGAUGAUGUACAUGAUAUAUGCAGUUUUGUUUCUAGGUUGGUUGUUUUGGGUUUUGUUUGUCUGUUUGUUUGGGGGGUUAAAUGAUUUUUAAAAAAAAAUUUUUUAGGAAUCUCUAAGGGGAACUUGUAAAUCUGACACCUCUAUUUAUUUUGCCUUAUUUUAGUUUGCUAUGUUUGUAUGUAUGUAUACACUGCAUUACAGCAAAGACUAUUGAGACUGUGCCAGGGCAUUACACCAGCUGGAGAGCUGGCUUGGCUCCUGUGCCAGCUGAGCCAGGCCAGGGGAUGCAGGUGAGCAGUCUUGGUGUGGGAAGGGAGGGAGGAAAAAAAACCUUUUGGCUUUUGUCAUAGUUAUCCUGCCCCUGGUGAUCCUGGUUCUGGGAAAGCUCUCAUUUUUAAAACUUGUGGUGAUCUGAUGGAGGCUGGUUGUUUUAGAACACUUUCUACAAAAGAUGUUUGUUUUUAUAUCAUGUGUCAUGGUGAGAAGAUUGAAAAGAGUUAAGGUGCAGAGUUGCAUGCCUAGACUUCACCCUUCCACACAAAUUUGCUCCAUAAUUCCAGAGAAGCUUGGCUAGAUGGCCAAAAGUGGUUCAUGCCCUGCAACUUCUCACCAGAUUUAACACACUAGUGGGAAAAACUGGGACAGUUCUCCUUCCUCAGAGCUAAUAUUACUCCCCAUCUUUAUGGCCAAAGAAUGAUUUCAUCUACUUUACCUCUUUCCUCCUCCAGCCCACCUGCCCAGGUUACCUCAGGUAAGCAAAAUCUUUCUACUGAUUGGUUUGUAACCCAUGGAGUCUCUGGCAAUCAGAAGGUGUUUGGUCAUGGCUCCUUGGCUUCUGUGCUUGACACAGGAGAUUUCUGAUUGCCUGCCAUGCAAAGAGGUAGUCUGUUGGCCACCCUUGUUUCUCUUAUAAAGGUAGAAGGGGCCAACCUGGAUAACACAAUUUGGCCAAAUGAAAAUAUAGAAUUUAUAUAUUUAUUUACAUAAUGCAUUAAAAAAGCUAUCUACUAAUCUAAAUAGUAGUUCUGAUGACCAGUAGUCUCUGAAGCUGGCCAGAUUUGCUCACUGUGCCUGCUGAGAAGGAUGCCAGUCUAGUGUAGUGUUUUGGAAACUCAUUUAAUGAAAGAGUCUGGAUGGUUCCAAACCGGAGUCUUCUGUUAUGGGUAGUAAUGUAGAAUUGAUCCACAGUAACUGGUUCAUGUUGCUCUGGUUUUACAUCAGCAUAAUUAAAAGUAGGAUCUGGACUAAAACUCUCCUUUAGACAGUUUUGUAAGAAAGUAAGAUGUUCUACCACAGCUCAUGUAGGGCAUGGUUCUUUCAGCCUCCCCCACUAGGAGCUCUGAGCCAAGUGAUCUAGAAAAGCCUCUCUGACAAGCCAUUUGCCCCCUUCCUGCUUGCCUUCAAACAGGCUCUUUAACACUCUUUGCAGAUUUUAGAAUUGUGAGGGAACGUUCAGUACCUGAGCCACUGUGUGCUCAAUGCUUCCCUUCCAAUUCAUCCCCACCUGCAGCCGUUCUGCUCCCCUGCAAGCCUGCUCAGCUUGAAACUCACAGGUCACUUUGAGAGGUGGCCCUGCCAAGCUAGAAAGUACAGUGCUGCUUACUGAAGUGGGAGAUUGUGUGCUGCUGUAAUGCCUUGGCCUAUCCUCAUUUCUUAGUCAGUUUAAGACUAUAGGUGAAUUAAAUGUACAAAUCCUGUAGUGUCCUUUUUAUCUGUAUCUUUUUAUAAGAAUAUACUGUAAUACUAAAAAACAAAAGCAAAAAAAAAUUAAAGAUAUAUUGCCCCCACUGCGUCUCUGUACAUUUCUUGACAGUUUCC